AUGGAAGAAGAAAGAGAUCCCUACAAGAUUCCAACUAAACAUAAUAUAAGAACAGCAAUGUACUGGCUUAUGCAAGGAGUUCAAGCAGGAGAUUCUCUGGUGUUCCAUUUUUCUGGUCAUGGUUUACAGCAAAGGAAUUACAAUGGCGACGAAGUUGAUGGUUAUGACGAAACACUUUGCCCUUUGGAUUUUAAAACACAGGGAACUAUUAUUGAUGACGAACUAAAUGCAACACUCGUCAAGCCUCUUCCUCCUGGAGCAAAGCUUCAUGCCAUAAUAGAUGCUUGCCACAGUGGUACUAUGCUUGAUUUGCCGUUCCUUUGUAGGAUGGACAGUACUGGACGAUAUGUGUGGGAAGAUCAUCGUCCUCCUUCAGGAGUAUGGAAAGGAACAAAUGGAGGAGAAGUCAUAUCUUUCAGUGGUUGCGAUGAUCAUCAAAAUUCUUCAGAUACAGAUAGUUUGUCCAAGGUUACUUCAACUGGUGCAAUGACUUUUUCUUUCAUUCAAGCAAUUGAAAGUGGACAAGGAACAACAUAUGGGAGUAUUCUGAAUGCAAUUAGAUCUUCCAUUCACAAUUCUACUAGUGAUUUAGGAGGCAAAAUUGUCUCAUCUCUUCUCACAAUGCUAAUUAAUGGAGGAAGCGUCGGCAUUGGGAUGAGACAGGAGCCUCAGUUGACUGCUACUGAGCCAUUUGACGUGUACACCAAGCCUUUCUUGUUAUAACAGCUCACGUAACAUUCGCACCUCUGGUUUUCAUGUACUUUGGGUGCACAGAUUCUGACUGGAGUAUAAAUUAGUACUCCAUCUCUUUGCUUUUUCAGUUUUUUUAACCUCUGUAUUGCUAAAUUUCCUUACCUUCUUACCUUCCUUUUUCUUUCGUAAAAGGAAAAUGAUUCUGUAAAGUUAGAGGACAACACUGUUUCUGUUUCUUUAGCAGCUGGAA